GAACGACUCACACGUGUUGUCGGUAGCACUCUAAAAGGAUGGAUCUUCUGAGAGGUCAGAAAGCAUAUAAAGUGGAUGUCACUACAACCUGAAGAGUUAGAAGCUAUGGAGAACGUCUUGCCUGAAAAGUAUGAACAAUCAAGGGGGGAGAAGAAGCUGCGAAGUCAGCGAGAGGAUUUCAGUGACAUGGUUGCGGAGGUGGUGUGUGCCUCUCAGAAUGAGAAGAAGAGGAAACAUAAGAUGCCAUACAUGAGAGAUCUGAGUUCUAUCAAGUUUUGCAAGAAGCCAAGCAGAUUACAGGUGACGGUUACAAGAAUAGCGGGGAAGUGA